CACACGACACGUCGGUGACCUCGCUCAUAUGCUGUUUGGGCACAUCUCUCAUGAAAGUGUGACGUCACCAUGACCGACCAAGCUGCAAGAUAUCCUUGGACGUGUACCAGACAGGGAUAUCCACAUUGGACAAGAACAUGUGUUCCUCCAACAGAAUUUAUCAUCUGUCUGAUUCUCUGUCUGGCGAGUGAUGCAUGCGUCACCGGGAACACCUGUCCUGACACAAGUAACCCGGAUGUUAAACACUUUGACAUCCGCAUACCGGAAACUGAAGUCCCUGACUCGGAAACGACCUACGUGUGUCAACAGUUCAAGGUUCCCGACGAGGAGACAUAUCACGCAGUUGCCUUUGAGCCCUUGAUCGACAACCGUGACGUCAUGCACCAUCUGCUCCUGUUCGGCUGUGCAGAAGAUAUAGGGGAUAUGAAUCCCCAUCAGUGCAGUGGUAUUGACCAAAGGUGCCAAUCGUGGUUGGCGCAGUGGACCGUGGGAGUUAAGGGGCAGGUGUGCGCGCAUCCAGGAACUGGCAUCCGGUUUGGAAGAGGCUCAUAUUCGUUUAUGUCACUACAGAUACACUGGAACAACGCACUGAAAGCAAAGAACAUGUCAGAUAAUUCGGGCAUGCGCGUAUACUACACCCGGAAGUUACGUCAGUAUGACGCGGGCAACGUUCAAAUAGGCCAGACUAACCUUGACAUUCCCCCCGGAGCAACCAAUCACCCUGAAACUGGUGGUUGUAGUGGAAACUGUACUAAAAACCUCCUGCCACACUCACUAUUCCUCACAAGGACAUACAUACAUAUGCACUAUCUAGGAGUACGAGGGGUUCUUGAGGUGCACCGAGACGGGAAGCUGAUACAGACUGUCGCCGAAGACCCUAUGUAUCAGUAUCAGCUGUCGCCCAUCCACGUGCACAGCACACCCGUGGAGAUACAGCCAGGAGACGAGAUGCGACUUACAUGUUACUUUGACACGAAAACAGGAGACAGACACCGCAAUCAUCACGUGUACAACGGUGAAGGAUCAAGCUCGGAGAUGUGUUUUGCCUUCGUGACCUACUACCCGCGUGUAGACGACCUCGACCAGUGUGUCCAGUUUGCUGAGUAUGACGUCUGUGGCCAACAAGGAGAAAGGUCGUAUGGAGAUUGCACAUUUCCUCAAUUUUUCGGCGAGGCCAGAGAGAUUCUUAUUCCGGACAUCAUCGAACAUUGUCGGAAUGAGACGAAGGAAUCCGAGUGCCAAUCUGAAUGCACCAGAAGUUUGGAAAGCCUUCGCCGACACCCAUGCAUGAAGGGCCGGCUCGCGGUGUAUGCCAAGCUAAAUAUGCUGUCUAAGGUGGACGGGUGGAAAUGGAUCAACCCCUUGUUGAGGAGAGUUGACUGUUGAGGCAUGAAGUUUUUAAAAAUAAAAAACACGUUGCUGAGGAAUGGAA